AUGGAGGGGUUCGGGGGAGCCCCCAGGUUCCUGGCCUAUCCACGUGCCUUCACGGUCCAAAGUGGCACCAAUGCAGUCCUGAGCUGCCAGAUCAUGGGUGAUCCCCAGCCAAGCAUCCUCUGGGAAAAGGACAAGAAUACCAUCGAGCCCUCGGGCCGUUUCCAUAUGGAGUCCAAAGGGGACCUGUACAGCCUGCUGGUGUCCUGUGCCACCCCCGAGGACAGCGGACUCUACGUCUGUAGGGCCAAGAAUAGUGUUGGCGAGACUUACACUGCCACCGUGCUCAGGGUAGAGCCAGCGGAGCCGCGAGAGGGGGAGGGAUGCUCAGGCAGUGUCGCACCUGCCUUCCUCAUUGCCCCCUCGUCCAUGCGGGUGUGCCGGGGGGAGGACGUGAUGUUCACCUGCAGGGUGUCUGGGCAGCCCUGCCCUGUGCUGGAGUGGGAGAAGGAUGGGCACAAGCUCUCCGAACUCUUUGAGAGCAGCCACUUUGCAGUGGGGCAGAAACCAGAGGACUGGCACUUCCUGAAGCUGUUCGGUGCCCGGCCCCAGGAUGGGGGUGUGUAUGUCUGCCGGGCACGCAGCGGCUCCCAGGAGGCCCUGGCUGCCGCCGUGCUCCUGGUUGAACCCCAGGCACUGUUGGAUGGGCUCCCCAAUGGCUCCCCUGCCCACGGCCCCGAGGUACUGGCGGAGCGGCAGCGGUGGCGGCGGCACGCAGCGGGACGGCGCAUGGCACCGGAGACCUGGGUGCCCAAUGGCGUCGUGCCGGCCAGGGUGCCAGGGGCCAAGGCAUUUGCUGUGAGCGCAGGGAAGCAUGCCAAGUUUCGCUGUUAUGUUACUGGCAAGCCCAAGCCAGAGAUUAUCUGGCAGAAAGAUGGUGAACCCCUCGCCCCUGGCCGCAGGCAUCUCAUCUACGAGGACCGGGAGGGCUACUUCAUCCUCAAGGUGCUGUACUGCAAACCUCAGGACCAGGGGCUAUACAUGUGCACUGCUUCCAACACUGCUGGCCAGACCCUCAGUGCAGUGCAGCUGCAGGUGAAAGAGCACCGGCUGCGGUUCCAGGUACAGCUGGCAGACGUGGAGGUAGCAGAGCGGGAGGAUGCAGUGUUGGAGUGCCAGGUGCCACUGGAGACGAUCCCCACCUCCUGGUACCUGGAGGACAGAGAGCUGCAGCCCAGCCACAAGUACGUGAUGGAGGAGCAAGGGGUGGUGCGGCGCCUGACCAUCCGCGAUGCCCGCAUCGAUGACGAUGGCAUCUACCUCUGCCAGAUGAAGGACAAAGGACGCAGCAUUGCCGAGGUCUCUGUCCGAGGGGUGAUUGUGAAGCGGCUGCCACGGAAGCUGGAUGUGAUGGAGGGGGAGAAUGCAGUUUUCUGUGUGGAGACACGGGAUGUGGUAGAGGGCAGCUGCUGGAGCCGGGAUGGGCUACAGCUGCGGGAGUCACCCCGCACCGUGCUUAAGAGCUUCAGCAGGACACACCUCCUGGUGCUGGUGCACGUCACCCGCCAGGACGCGGGCAUCAUCUCCUUCACUGUCGGGGAGUCACAGACAUCCUCCCAGCUCCGAGUCAAGUGUGUGAAGCACGACCCUCCGAGUGCACCAGUAGCAGCUGAGAUGAGCGUGGUGGAGACUAACACAGCUCUGCUGACUUGGUGUCCUGCACCUGACUCCCACCUCCGCCCCGCCAGCCACUACCUGCUGGAGCGUCGGGAGGCAGCGGGAGGGGAGUGGGUGCAGUGCCUUGCCACCGACCUGCCCAGCUGCGUGCGGGUGCUGGGUGACAGCGUGCCUCGCGAGGCCGACUACUGUUUCCGCAUCUCUGCCGCCAACAAGCACGGCAGGAGCAGCCCUGUGGAGUUCCCUGGAUCUGUGCAUCUCGUCAGUGCCACUGGGGCUCAGUCCGACUGUGCUCCAGCCCCAGCAGCUCGUCUGGAGAGGGGUCUGCAGGACACGUGGGUGAGGGAUGGUGAGGAUGCACAGUUCUCCCUGGAGCUGUCAGCUGCAGUGCAUGGAUCCUGGUUCCUCAACGGUGCCAGGCUGCGUGAGGAGGAGGAUGCAGGCGGCCGGUGCAGUGUACAGCGCCAUGGGAUGGAGCACUCGCUGCUGAUCCGAGGAGCACGACUGGUUGACAGUGGGGCCCAGGUCACCUUUGUGUCCGGUGGUGUGCGGGACUCAGCUAUCCUGCAUGUGCAAGCCCCACAGGUCCGCAUUGCCCCAGUGUCUGAGGCUGAACGGCUCCGAAACGUGCCAGCAGGGAUGCCUGUGCUGCUAGAGUGCCAGGUGUCCACCCCGGAUGCCCCUGUCUGCUGGCUGAAGGACGGCAAGGCCGUGCCCCUGGAUGACGUUAUCGCGGUGCAGGCAGAAGGCUGCGUGCGGAGGCUGCUGCUCCGCUCAGCGUGUCCCUCAGACUCUGCUGUGUACACCUGUGACGCUGGGGAUGAUGCCGUGAGCUUUGUGGUGACCGUGACCGAGGUGCCGGUGAGGAUCAUCAGCUCCAAUGAGGAAGUCCCCCACGCCUACGUGGUCGGACAGCGUGUGGAGCUGUGGUGCCAGCUGUCCCGCCCAGCAGUCCCAGUGCACUGGUACAAGGAUGGAGAGGAGGUGGAGGUGGGUGAGAGCCUGCUGCUGGAGCAGGAGGGGCCACAGUGCAAGCUGGUGCUGCCCUGCGCUCAGACACAGGACACAGGAGAGUUCGUCUGCGAUGCUGGUGGGGACUCUGCCUUCUACACCAUCACUGUGGCAGAGGAGCCGGUGAGGAUUGUCAGCUCCAACGAGGGGGCCUCCCACACCUAUGUGGCCGGACAGCGUGUGGAGCUGUGGUGCCAGCUGUCCCGCCCGGCAGCCCCAGUGCACUGGUACAAGGACGGGGAGGAGGUGGAGGCAGGUGAGAGCCUGAUGCUGGAGCAGGAGGGGCUGCAGUGCCGGCUGGUGCUGCCCUGUGCCCGGCCACAGGACACAGGGGAAUUUGUCUGCGACGCUGGUGGGGACUCUGUCUUCUACACAGUCACCGUAGCAGCCCUGAAGGUCUGCCUCACCACAGUGCUGGAGGCAGAGCAGCUCCAGGAGUUGCCAGCAGGGCUGCCCUUGGUGUUGGAGUGCCAGGCGUCCCCUGCACAUGCCCCUGUCCACUGGCUGAAGGACAGCGAGGCCAUGGUCCCAGCACAGGUCCUGGCCAUCUGCUCAGAGGGAUGCUCCCAGGGGCUUCACACUGCUGCAGCUGCACUGUCUGACUCAGGGGUGUACACAUGCCAUGCCAGGGAUGAUGCUGCCAGCUUCAGGGUGACUGCGAGCAGGGAGCUGCCCAGGGGAUUCCUGUCCUCACAUGGGACUCACCCAGCACCACACCUGAGCCCUGCCAUGUCCCCAGCAGAGGCACCAGUGAGGAUUGUCAGUUCCAACAAGGAGGCCUCUCACUCCUACGUGGUCGGGCAGCGCGUGGAGCUGUGGUGCCAGCUGUCCCGCCCCGUGUCCCCAGUGCGCUGGUACAAGGACAGUGAAGAAGUGGAGGUGGGCGAGAGCCUGGUGCUGGAGCAGGAAGGGCUGCAGUACCGCCUGGUGCUGCCCUGUGCCCGGAUGCAAGACACAGGGGAGUUCGUCUGCAGUGCCAGCAAUGCAUCUGUCUCCUACUCCAUCUUUGUGGCAGAGCCACCAGUGAGGAUCCUGCAGCCUCCACAGCGCUCUCUGGAGCUGCUGGUUCAGGCACCAGGGUGUGUGGAACUGCGGUGCGAGCUCUCUGCGCCGGAUGCUCCCGUGCACUGGUUCAAGGAUGGGCUGGAGGUGGACGAGACCGAUAACCUGCUGCUGCUGGUCGAGGGGGCCUGGCGCUGCCUCUUCAUCCCCAAGAGCAGUGCAGAGGAUGCAGGCGAGUACAUCUGUGAGACCAAGGAUGAGGCCGUCUCCUUCGAUGUCAAGGUGUCAGAGCCUCCGGUGAGGAUCCUGCAGCCCUGCAGACCUGUCCCUGUCAUGACGGUGUCCCCGGGGGAGACGGUGACACUUUGCUGUGAGUUGUCCCGUGCGGAUACACCUGUGUUCUGGGCAAAGGAGGGUGUCAGGCUCGAGGCUGGGGGCAGCCUGGUCCUGGAGGAAGAGGGUGUCUAUCGCCGGCUGCUCAUCCCUGCUGCCCAAGCUGAGCACUCUGGAAAAUACACCUGUGACACCGCCAAUGACACAGUGACAUUCACCAUCCAAGUGUUGGAUUCGCUGGUCAGGAUCCUGGAGAAGGAUGUCCUGCUGACCCACCGGUGUUGCCAGGCCAUGGAGGACCUGGUGCUGGAGGUGCACCUCUCGCACAGCCAUGGGGAAGUGAAGUGGUACAAGGACGGGGAGAAGCUGCAGGACACGGGGCGUGUGAGGCUGGAGGAGGACGGGGUGCGCAGAUCCCUUGUGAUCCUGGGCACUACGGGCAAGGAUGCUGGGGAGUAUCUCUGUGACACUGGUGAUGACAGUAUCGUCUUCUUCAUCACUGUAGAAGUCCCCAGGGUGGUGGAGAUCAUCAUGGAGCUGCAAAGCCUGACAGUGCUAGAGGGGGAGGAUGCCACCUUCAAGUGCCUGGUAUCCCCCGAAGAUGUGGCUGUGACGUGGCAGCUGAAUGGCCAGCCCGUGGUCCCCGGUGAGCGCCUGCUGGUGUCAAGGCGUGGGCAGAGCCACAGCCUCACCCUCCGGCAGUGCCAGACAGGUGAUGCAGGCACUGUGACAGCCAAUGCCGAGGGGCUGGUGAGCACAGCUCGGCUGAAUGUACAAGAGGCAGAGGUGCUGUUUGUGCGGAAGCUGCAGGAUGUGGUGGCAGAGGAGCAGGGGGACGUGUGCCUGGAGGUGGAGGUGAGCCACAAGGCUGCCGAGGUGCAGUGGCUGAAGCAGGGCAUCCUCCUUCAGCCGGGCAGCAAGUACCUGCUGCAGGAGUCGGGGUGCCGGCGCACCCUCACCAUCUGCUGCCUUGGCCCUGCCGACCGCGGCACCUACCGCUGCGAGAGCCUGCACGACCGCACGCAGGCCAAGCUUCACGUGGAGCCCCGGAAGGUGUCAAUUCGGACACCACUGACAGACAUGGAGACCUUUGAGAAGGAGACAGCCACCUUUCACCUUGAACUGUCUCACCCUGGCGUGACCGGGGUCUGGACACGGGAUGGCAUCCGGGUGAAGCCCAGCAGCACGUGCCGGAUCAGUGCCACAGGCUGCGGGCACAGCCUGACACUGGAGAGGCUUGCACUGGAAGACUCGGGCACCAUCACCUUCACUGCUGACACUCUGCGCUGCAGUGCCCACCUGCGUGUGCGGGAGCCUCCAGUCACCAUGGUGAGGGUCCCACGAGACCUGGGAGUCCCAGAGACAGGGGUCGCCAGCUUUGAGUGUGAGCUGUCUCGCCCCAAUGCAGAGGUGAAAUGGUUCAAGGACGGGCAGGAGCUGCGGCCAGGGCCCAACUGCCGCAUCUACUCGGCGGGACGGCGCCGCAUCCUGCAGCUGAGCCGCUGCGAGCUGACCGACACCGGCAGCUACACCUGCGAUGCAGGUGACUGCCAGGCCUCUGCCAUGCUGCACGUCCAGGGUACGGUCACCCAGCUCCCAGCCCGCCAGGUCCACAUCGUGCAGGAGCUGCAGGACGUCCAGGUGCAGGAGGGUGACAAUGCAGUCUUCACCUGCGAGGUGUCACAUGGGGAUGUGAAGGGCGAGUGGUUUCGGGACGGGGAGAAAAUCAAGGUCUCCAGCACAGUGAAGAUACGGCAAGAAGGGACCCGGCAUUUCCUGCUGUUCUGUGGUGUGCGCCCUGAGGACAAGGGAUUCAUCCGCUUCACAGCCAGGACAGUCACCUCGGAGGCCAGUCUGCAGGUGGAAGCACUGCCAAUCCGGAUUGUGAAGCCACUGCGGGACAAGACAGUGCUUGCAAGGCACAAGGCGACACUGGAGUGCACCGUGUCCCACGCCCGGGGCCGGGUGCGCUGGCUCCGUGGGGACACCGAGAUCUUUGCCGGUGACAAGUAUGAGAUCUGCAAUCUGGACUGCUACCGCACACUCAUCAUUCACCGCGUGGGCCCCGAGGACGAGGACUCGUACACCUGUGACGCCUUUGAUGACCGCUCCACUGCCCGGCUCCUUGUGGAGGGGAGCUAG